AUGGUGGACUCUGUGACCUACGCUGAUCUUCAGUUCAAAGCUCGUACAGAUCUUCAGAUCAUGAGAUGUGUCAUUGCUGUCCUCAGUCUUCUCUGCCUGCUGCUUCUCAUACCCAUCGGAAUAAUGGUGAAGGGUCAGGUGUGCCCGGAAGGCUGGAUUUACCUGGAUUCUGCCUGCUAUUACUUUUCUUCUGAGAAGAUAAAUCACUCAAACAGCUCAGAUGAUUGCCGCUCCAAGGACUCCCAGCUGGCCCAUGUUGACCGACAUACAAAAUCCUUGCAGGCCGUCAUAAAUGCAACUUCAGCUGAGUUCUGGGUCAGAUUAGACAAAGUCAAUGGAUGCACCAAUCACAGCAUCAAGAAUGAAAGUUGUGCGAAGUUUGCUCAAAAUAUCAAGUUUGUGCCGUGUGAUCUGUCUCUGCGCUGGAUCUGUCAACGGAACUCCUCCCGGCCAGUCUGCAGGGACUGA